CCCCCACCGGCUGGCGGCUGCGGGCAGAGCAGGAGCCGCGGAGCAGGCAGCGCGAGCAGGGGGAGCGCGCUGCCGCCGCCGCCGCCGCCGCACCGGCUGAGGGGACGCCGCCGCCGCCGCCCGAGCAGCCGCAGAGCUGUGGAAUGCUGUGAAGACUCACUGCCCUGCAGCCGUAGGCAGACUCCUCUCCGGAUUAUCUCCAUCCGAAGGAAGCUCGUAUCCAAGAGCAUCCAAUUCAUCUCAUCGGCCACCUGAAGUGGAAGAGGAGCAGAGGCAGGGGAGAAGAGAAGGGGGAAACGCGGGUGCGUUGGAGGUCAGCAUGUGACACACCUUCUCUGAGUUCCCGGUCUUCCACCAUGAACCCUGUUUACAGCCCCGUCCAACCUGGGGCUCCCUACGGAAACCCGAAGAACAUGGCGUAUACAGGUUAUCCGACGGGCUAUCCCACCGCUGCCCCAGCCUACAACCCAAACAUGUAUCCAACCAGCAGCCCCGGCUAUGCCCCAGCUACACUUCUGAUGAAGCAAGCCUGGCCACAGACCUCCUCCUCCUGUGCCACGGAGGGCACCUUCCACCUCCCGGUGGACACCGGGACCGAGAACAGAACUUAUCAGGCUUCUUCUGCAGCAUUCAGGUACACUGCAGGGACUCCCUACAAGGUCCCACCAACCCAGAGUAACAACGCACCUCCUCCCUACUCGCCGUCUCCAAAUCCGUACCAAACUGCUAUGUACCCCAUCAGAAGUGCCUAUCCACAGCAGAACCUGUACACCCAGGGAGCUUAUUAUACCCAGCCAGUGUACGCGGCCCAGCCUCACGUUAUCCAUCACACCACCGUGGUUCAGCCCAACAGCAUCCCAUCGGCCAUCUAUCCGGCCCCGGUCGCUGCGCCCAGGACCAACGGUGUGGCCAUGGGGAUGGUCGCUGGGACCACCAUGGCAAUGUCAGCAGGAACCUUGUUGACCACCCCACAACACACCGCCAUCGGAGCACAUCCAGUUUCCGUGCCAACGUACAGGGCUCAAGGAACCCCCACCUACAGCUACGUACCUCCACACUGGUAAACCCACUGGCCAAUUCAUAUCCGGAGUCAAACAUUGUAUGCAACUACACAAGUCUUACAUCGGUGCUGUGGCGGCUGUACUGCAGCACCUCGUCUGUUUGCAAGAACAAAAGAAAAAAAAAAAAAGUGCAAGGGUCACUUUAUGCAUUCUUUAGUGGUUUUUGUAAAAGCUGCUUUUUCUAAUCUUCUGCCUCUUUUUUUUUUUUUUUUUUUUUCCUCUCCUCCUUCCUCCUCCCCAACCCACAUAAAUUGUGUAACACACAUACUGACACUGAGCAAUAGUAAAGUUCUCUCUUUGGUCCUAUCAUUUGAAAGCUCAGAAUAUUCACUUUUCCAGCAUUGCCCAGCUGAGUGGUGCAAAGAUCCCCCACUUCUUGUUCGUUUGGGUUCUUUUCGUUAUUUUUUUCUGUUGUCGUUGUUGUUGACGAGAGCCUAGAUUUUCUUUGGCUAGUAAGAGUGGUCGAUGUUCAGGGUACUAUGUGAAAAGCACAGCGCUGGUAGGCAGGCUUAUUCCAAUUUGGUUUGGGUAUUUUUAGUUGGAUAAUAUAAAUUAUUUAAUCUUCCAUAACAUAUUACAAGAAAAUUGGUGUCUUCCAGAUAGCUGUCGUGAUAGAUUAUACAUGCAUUAUCUGCAGUGGAAUUCUGAACUCAUCCCUUCUUUUGUAGGAGUAAGAGAAUAUAAAUAUAAUUAGCGACGUAACACACUUGUCUUAGGAAGUAGGAGGACUGGUCACCAUCGGGUCUUUGGUCUGCUGUUUCCAACUGGGCAAACGGACCUUGCGUGAUGGGAAGAGAGCAGCGGAGAGACGCGUGCCCUGGUAGCAUCUCGCACCUUUUGGGAAAACGAUAUGCUCCCCGUCAGCCACGUCCUGGGGCUGUGCGAGGGAGAAGGCAGCUCCUUCCUUGCAUGCAACCGUUUGCAGGCAGAGAUGUGCUGGGCGGCUGGUGAAGAAAGCAAGGAGACGUCCAAGGGUUGGUCUGAAGAGCUUCUCCAGGUCCAGGGGUUAGUCUGAAAAGCUUCUCCAGGUCCAAGGAUUGGUCUGAAGAGCUUCUCCAGGUCCAAGAGUUGAUCUGAAGAGCUUCUCCAGGUCCAGGGGUUGUUCUGAAGAGCUUCUCCAGAGUCUGGUGGUGUGGGGAAAGAGGGCGGCUGGUUGAUGGAGAAGAGUCUCUGAGGCAGGACGAGGGGGAAGGACAGGUGGCUUCACCUUGCACCCACAUCAUCAGCAGGGCUGAGACCAAACCAUGAUGCCUGCAUGGUGAUUAAGGUGGCGCUCCGUUCUUUGGGUUACAGCGGGCUUGGAGGCUCAGGAGAAACGUUCAUCCAGGCACAAAUCCUGGAAAUGUAGAGGAAGGCUGGAGAGGGGGAUGAUGUCCAGCUGCUCUGCUUGGUGAGCAUGGAGAAGCAGGGGGAAGAGGAAGCAAUAGCAAUAAACAUGUCACCUUCCUCGAGGAAGGCACCUGAGAAAAGACAAGAGCAAGGAAGGUGAUCCACGGUUGACGUGGACCAGUCUGGGAGACAAUGGGCAUGCAGAGGCUGUGGGUUUUGGGGUUGUUUCGGGGGUUUUUGGGACGUUUUGAGGACGUGAAGCCAACCACAGCCAGUGACAUCCCACCUCGGGGUGUCCAGGUAGAGCAAUAAGUUGUCUCAAGGGCAGCAAUGAGAGUGUUCAUAUUGACAGACAACGCUUGCGGCCAGUUUGAGUUAUUUUAAAGUCCUUAUCCCUAAACCCAGCAUAGAAACAAGGUUUUUUUCUUAUUUUUUUUUCCCUAAGAGAAAAAACAUCGUUGGGUUUCGAUUUUUCCCUCAAGCGUGCCAAAGGAGUUGCAUUCACACAGAGAUGUUUGCAACUCUCAUGUCUCCUGGGCUCCGAGGUCAUCACAGCGGGCCAAAUCCAGAGCCUUUAAAGAGGUCAGGUUAGGAGACAUGUGGGUGGGAGUCCCUCCUGGUGCUGCUUGGUGUGGAUUUCCAACCCAUGUGUGGUGCUGAGUCAACGCCCAGAUGUCUCUGCUUGUUGCCCUGCUUUGGUCAUGCCUGGAUCACCUCUCCAGAUGGAGGUGAGGACAGUGAGGACCAACUCUGGAGGGUCACCUUGACCAGGACACCUUGACACCUCCUGUAGAGGUCAGACAGGAGGGUCUUUCAGAAGAUCAAGGUGACAGGUUGUUGGCACCUGGGUGAGACCUUGCUCUUGGUGAUGUCUCCCAGCUUGGCUUCUGCUGACAUUGGGAGGAGCUACUGGAGCUCCUUCCCAUAAGCAUGGUCCAGAUGGGGAGAAACAAGCUUAGGGUCCCAAGAGGACUUUUUCGACCGCUGAUUGGUCCCAGGUUGUUUGUCAGGUCAGGUGUUGGCACCAACGCUUCUGUUUCAGGGUUGUUUUGUUGGUUCUGCUGGUUUUAAAGGACAUCUAGCAAAGCUCUGGUUGACCUUCCCAGCCUCAUGGGGAACAAAGUGGGUGAAGACCGAACACCAGUGCUGUGGGGUGGGGAAGGUGGAUUUCUCCCGUGUAGUACUUUGGCUUGCACUUUGAGUUUGUAUAAAAGAAAAAGAGAAGAAAAAAAAGAAAAAGACGAAAUAAUCAGAGGGUUGCCCCAUCAAACUUGGCAAAGCCAAGGGUUAGCAUGUAAAGAGACGUUUGGAAAUAACGAUGCUACAUCAUCCCUCCCCUGUUUGUAGCAAGCUACAGUUAAGCCUGGGCCAAAAAAAAACCAAAAUGCCCAAUAAAGCACAGGAUUUGAAGACCUCUCAAAUAUCCUUUUUUUGCUCUCACUGUUGACUUCACGUUACGUAUCAGCAUUAAAACAAAUAGAAUAGAGUAAGCUCUAAUGUAAAGGCACUACGACUUGCAGGGGCCAGCAAGCUUCAUUAUCACAGCCCGGGCUCUGCAGAGGAGGACCUUUCCCAGCAGAGCUCCGCCAGCAGACACCGUCCUACCACUGGCCUAAGCACCCUUCACCCUUAACUGCAUUAGGAACGAUUGCUAAAAUUUUGGCCCAUGGCUAGGAAGGAGAUGCUAGGCUUUCUCCGGAAAGGAAAGAAAACACUAAAGGUGGGGUAGAAAGCUCCAGGAGCUGAGCACGGAGGAUCACCCAGUGUUAUCGCUAAUGAAACGUGACGUGGGGCGGUUUACUUUUAAUUCCUUCGUUUGGAUUAGUAGUAGAUCCGAUGUUCCUCAUCCCGUUAUGCCCAGGCAGAAAUACUCAUUAACUCAACCAGGGUGUGAAGAGGUGAAAUAGUCGCCGUCUGUUGGGUGAGAGGCUUUGAUGAGCACAUUUGGCCACUGGUGUUGGGUUUAGGCUUGGACCACUGCAUGGCUCCAGGGCCACCACAUGGCUCCAGGCUUGGGUAGCUCCUUCCCAAGGUGGCUUCAUGGGGCCGUGGUGGUGGGGAGAUACUCCCUGCCACCACGUAGCUUGAUGCCCCCUGGCUCAUGUCAGAGGUGACCUGCAGCCCUGUGCCCUUCCCCAUGGAGGGACGUGGUUUUUCAGCUAGAUAGAAGGAUGGGGGGAAAGCUCCCAUGAUCCCAAGCCCUUUCCUUGGCCAAGUCGUGGCUUAAGUGAAGAUUCUAGGGCGGUCGCAGCCCAGUGGGGGACUCCCUUGGUUGGGGGGCACACUGAUGAGAGCCACCAGUUUCUCAAAUAUUUCAUUCCAACAAAGCUUUGCCCACGUUAGUGAAGGAAAAGGGUUUCCCGCGGUGAAGGAUCCCACGGGGCGUUAGCAGGGAAGAGCAGGAAGGGUUAAACCACCCUUAGCAGGGCGGCACCAGUGUCUCUGAGAUUAAAAUUCCAGCUAAAGAGGAAGGAAAAUAACUCUCAAACCGCUGUUACGGCCAUUAACUCGUCCCUGCUGUUACCUUUGCUUUAAAACAUGAGAUUUGAGGGGGGGGAGGGAAGGCAUAUUAAUAGUGGUGGCGGCCCCCCAAUCCACAUGAGCCCCUUGGAGCCUGUCCCCAUCACGCCUCCAAGCGGCUGAAGCCUCCGGGCGAGGAUUUGCUCCGGUAUUUUUAGGAAUGAUAAUAACCCAGUCCAGCUUUUUGCAGUUUCAAGAUGUAAUUACCACAAAGUGUUAUUUCGGGGCGGGGGGGCUUGUUUUAAUGAUGGAUGUUUUCAGGGUAUCAGGUUUUUCGCCCAGCCGUCCUGCUGAAUCCGGUCCUUCCCGGAGAGACUCCCUCCUCUCUGCCAUCUCCUCCCUCCCCUCCUGCAUCCCGGCGGAUGCAGCCCCGCAGGGGAUAUGGGAUGAUGUGGUACCCGGCCGGAGGGUGUGAGACCGGCAGAAAAACCACAUUUGGGGGUUUAUUUUUGAUAGGAAAACCCAACCACCCGACAAUAGCAAUAAGAGCCGCUGGAUUCCCAUAAAUCCAGGUUUUGGGGUUGGUUUUGGUUUUUUUUUUUUUUAAUUGUCAAUUUUUUCAGGCCCUCUGAGCAUCUAUCAUCCCCAAAACGUGGUGACCCUCUGCCCAUCUUCCCUUUGCUUUGCCAUCAGCGCUGGGCUGUCGGCAGGAUCAGGCUCUGGAUAUUUUCUCUGCUGUGUGCUGGCAUUCCCAUAGGGAGAAAAUGGAAAAUAAAGCCUUGUUAUGGAGCUUGGGAGGAAGGAGAGCUUGGAAAAGGUGUUUUUCUGGUGUGUUGCACCGUGGCACUUACAGAUUCCUUAGUAACCGGGUAAAAUAACCUGUUACAGGGAUGUUUGCAAAGCAGGAAUAGCAAAAAUAUGUGGUUGAGCGGCAGCAAUUCCCGGUUGGAAAUGCUCACUUGUGCUGUUUGUAGGGAAAAAAAAUCCUGUUGCAACGCGGCCACUUGCAGCAAGGCUGCAUCUUCCUGCAAGGGCUGGGACUGAGGUGGUGGUGGAGGUGGGGGUGGGGGCUGGGUUUUUCCUGGGGCGAAGGGGGUUCAGGAUGAGGGAGCGAUCCGCAGGGUCAGCAGGCAGUGGGAAGCACAGGGAAAAGGAGACAGCAAGGGUGCAGGAUCGCACCCAAACCCUCCCAUCCCCAUAGCACCCAUCCCCACCGGGUUCCCCCCCCCAUCUUUCUCCGUAAUUAAUUUUUUUAAUUCAUUUCGACGGCCAGGCCAGCUGGGUUUUUUCAAAUAUUAUUGGACCUCUUAAGCAAAAAUAAAUACAAAAAAAUAAGAAAAAAAAAAAAAAUUAAAACCCAAGAGUAACCAUGUCUUCCAAGUCUUAAGUCUCCAAGGUGUGUAGGCAACAUGGCCUUGAACUGAUGCCCUGGAAAGCCCCACAGCCUCGGUUUGUCCAUCUGAAGCGUAAAUUUGGGUUUUUUCUCUGCCCCCUCCCCAGUUUGUUUUCUGUUCUGGUUUUGGUUCUGAAGAUCAGGUCGUGAUCUCCCUGACAGAUUUCAGCCAAGAG